AUGCUCGUUCUCAGACGAUUUGCUCGGCACUGUGUUGCGCUGCCUCUUUUAGGGGCGGAUUUCCAGGCACUUCACUGCCCAUUUCCCCUUCCCCCAAUCCCUCCCCAUUUCCCCAUAUCCCAUCCACUCCCCAUUUCCCCUUACCUCCAUCCCUCCCCAUUUCCACAAUUCCCAAUGACUCAUCAUAUCCCCUAUCCUCCCCAUCUCGGCAUCCCUCUGCCACUCCCCAUUUAUCCAACCCUCUGUCCUUCCCCAUUUCCUCGUUUCGCAGUCACUCCUCAUAUCCCGUUUCGCCCAGUCCCUCCCCAUUUCCCCGUUCUCCAGUCACUCCCCAUUUCCCUUUUUCACAGUCAGUACCCAUUUCCCCUUCCCUCAAUGCCUCCCUUUCCAUAUCCCUGUUUCUCACUCCCCUUUACCCCCUCCAUCUGGUCCCUCCCCAAUUCGCCUUCCCUCUGUCCCUCCCCAAUUCGCCUUCCCUCUGUCCCUCCCCAAUUCGCCUUCCCUCUGUCCCUCCCCAAUUCGCCUUCCCUCUGUCCCUCCCCAAUUCGCCUUCCCUAUGUCCCUCCCCAAUUCGCCUUCCCUCUGUCCCUCCCCAAUUCGCCUUCCCUCUGUUCCUCCCCAAUUCGCCUUCCCUCUGUCCCUCCCCAAUUCGCCUUCCCUCUGUCCCUCCCAGCGUUCCAUCCAGUCACGCCUGCGGCGCCCCCGCUGACUUAG